AUGAGACUUGUUAAAGAGGUCGAGUCGCUUUGGGACAGGACAAAUAGAAGUUCAAACCGUAAGUGGCAUAACAUUUCUCAAGACCCUUUUGCCAAAGCCGAAUGGUUGCUUUAUAAAUAUGGUAGAGCGCAUGCUUUAUUCUACGCUAUAAGGCUCGGAAAUGGCUUCAUAACAGUCGAAGUGAUACAGGCUUUACUUUCAAAAGGUGCGAUACUUUCAAAAUAUUUUAUUCAACGUUUAUUUACGCAUUUUGGCACUUAUGAUGAAAAUCUUAUAAGUCUUAAAGUCGAACAUAAUAAUGCCCUUCAAAAGGAAUUAUCUUCCCCUUGGGGAAGUAAUAUUUCUAUGUCGAUUUUCACCAAAUUAAUUACUGAGGAAGAUUUUCAUAUAUUUAGACUUGAAAAUAAGUUAAAUGAAAUUGGCGAUCUUCUAAUGGCUUCAUUUCAAGUAAUUCUUAACGUAUCUAAAUCCGAGAUUGCAAGUUCCUGCCUUAUUCAGGCAAUUAAACCCGAAAGGAAUUUAAAGGAAACGGAUUUGUUGGAAUUUUUAAUUCAAAGAAUUGAUAAUCCUAAAGAAGCAUUAAAAAGUGCAUUAGAUCAUUAUAAAGUUGGAUUAAAAUUUAAUGCUGAAUCGAUUAAAACAACAAAAGAAAUUAGAUCAUUAACUGUUCAUUCAAAUCUCUAUUCUUGGAUACUUAAAGUAUAUGGCCCUAAUUCUGAAAUAACACAGAAAUGCUUUGAUGAUAUUAUUGAGUCAAGAAUUUGGGUAGAUCUAAAAUUACAAGAAACUCCAGACAGAAGAGUUCCGGAGCAUCUUACAAAAAGAUCGUUCAAAUCUAUUUGCUCGAUUUAUUUAAAAUUUAUUAAUAAGAAGGUUCCAUUCACGCCGAAUGUUUUGCAAUAUUUCCAAGGUGUUAGUAACUAUAGUAGCACGGGAUUGGAAAUCCCAAAGUUUCGACAGCCUAAAUCUCGAAAUCCAAAAUCCUGA